AUGGAUAUGUAUUUCAAUGUUAACUCUUUUCGGUCACUCAAUAGUCCAUAUGCAUGGUAUAAUUUCGCUUGCGUUCGGAUUGAUUUUGUUUGGGUGGAUACAAGGGAAAACAAACUAAUUAUGCUUUUAGUUGACCAAAAUAGAGAAAAAAUGGUGGUGGUUGUGCCUAGCUCUUUAAUAGGAAGAUACCUAGAAAGAGGUAUGGAAGGCCGCUUAUAUUCCAUAAAUCAUUUUAAACUCAAUUCCACUCCCGAUGACUUCCCCAAGUAUGAAGGAUACAACUUUGUUGAUGAUCAAUAUGUCAUAAUUGUCAACCAAGCUACACGAUUUACUCUACUUGAGCCGGUCAUUGAAAAUCAUUUUCCGACUUAUCCAUUGGUUGAGUCUAUUGAAUAUCUGGUGAGAAAUCCACGUCAACGAAAUCUGAUCGAUGUUGUUGGCAAAGUUAUUGACGGACGUCUUUUACACCAUGACUGUGCGAUUGAUUUACUUCUUCAAGAUCAAUCUGGCUAUGUAAUUCAGCUGAUUUUGAAUGAUGGUCCUGAAGCCUUACCUUUUAAACUCGCACGAUCAAUUCAAGAGAAAUGGAUCAUAUAUGUAUCUCGUGUUAAAUAUCGAAGCCGAGGGGGUAUGAACUUUUUGGAUUCUACAUCCAUUUCGAGGGUUGCAUUUGAGCCGGUUAUGGCAGAAGCAAAUGCUAUUAGGGCGAUUUAUGGAUGA